CAAAAGUCCAACAAUCGAUUAAAAUUACAAAAGUUGGGAAUAAAAAUUUAGGUGGUUAUGGUUAGCUCACAGAAAUAUGUAGAGAGCGUGAGAUAGUUUUUGGUCGCUCCUCGCUGUAUUCCUCCUCGAACCCCUAACCCCCCUAACCGUCAACCGGCUCCAUCAGGCUCCAUGCUUCAUUAUUGCUGAUUGCUGCAGCUUCGUAUUCAAGCGCUGUUGCGCUUCGUCGCCUUUGUAGUACAAAUUCAAUAAAAAGUUUAACAUCGUCGAAUGACAUUUUUUUUCAAGUUUAAUUCAGUAAUGUGCACGUUGGUGUAUUCAUUUAUACUACUUUAGUAAUCCAUAAGAUAUCUGUAAUAAAUAUAUUGAAAAAGCGUUUUUUGGACUGAGGAAAUAAUGGCAGACGCAGCGGCUCGACAACUCCAGUACGAGUACAAAGCGAACUCGAACCUUGUUUUGCAAGCCGAUGUCCGUUUGAUCGAACGACGGAGUCGAGAUGAAGCGACAGGCGAAGUUAUGUCACUUGUUGGAAAACUUGAUGGUACAAGAAUGGGUGACAGAUCCCAACGUACUAGGCCUGCGAAAGCUGAUGAACGCAAAGUCAAACGUCAAAAGAGAGAUGAAGCGCAAUAUGAUUUUGCUAGAAUGAAAGGUGCCACUCUUCUCUCAGAAGGUGUAGAUGAAAUGGUUGGAAUAGUGUAUCGUCCGAAGACACAAGAAACACGUCAAACAUACGAAAUUCUUCUGAGUUUUAUUCAAGAAGCUCUGGGUGAUCAGCCUCGUGAUAUUCUAUGUGGAGCAGCUGACGAAGUACUUGCUGUUUUAAAAAAUGAUAGAUUGAAAGAAAAAGAGAAAAAAAAGGAAACAGAAACAUUACUUGGAAGUUUGGCCGAAGAAAGAUUUGCACUCCUUGUCAACCUUGGAAAAAAAAUCACAGACUUUGGUAACGAUGAGAAGGGAACUACGAAUGAAGAAAAUAUUGAUGAAACGUAUGGUAUUAAUGUGCAGUUUGAGGAAAGCAGCGAAGAGGAUGACGAAGAUGCUUAUGGCGAGGUUCGAGAUAAUGAGGAUGAGGCUGAUGAAGGUGAAGAAGCGAAUGAUGAUCAUGCUAUACAUGCAGAAAAUUUGGGAGGGGCUGAAGAAUUGAAAAAAGAAAAAGCCCUUCAUCCAUUAGAGAUCGAUGCUUAUUGGCUGCAGAGACGACUCAGCAGGAUUUAUAAUGAUGCCAUGGUGUCUCAGGCUCGGGCGGCCGAAGUUUUAAACAUCUUGAAAGAUGCUGGUGAUGACCGUGACUGUGAAAACCAACUUGUCAUUUUACUGGGCUAUGACUGUUUCAAUUUCAUUAAACAACUAAAAAAAUAUCGUCAAAUGAUAGCUUAUUGUACGAUGUUAGCAUCGUCACAAUCUGAAUCGGAGCGUCAAAAAAUUCGUAAUAAAAUGAAUGAUGAUCCAGGACUAGCGAAAAUUUUGCGACAAUUAGAUACUGGAAAGGGAGAGGAUGAUACAGACGAAACAAUGGAGGCUAGAGCCCAAAGAAAAAGAAGAGAAGAAAACGAAGAUACUGGAGGUCCUGGCGGACAAGUCCAAGGUACUAGAAAUCUGAUUGAUCUUGAAGAUUUAACUUUCGCCCAAGGUAGUCAUUUUAUGGCCAAUAAAAGCUGUGAAUUGCCGGACGGGAGUUUUCGAAAACAACGCAAAGGAUACGAAGAGGUACACGUUCCAGCUUUGAAGCCGAAACCUUUUGCUGACAACGAGAAACUUUACCCAGUUGAUCAGUUAUCGAAAUAUGUCCAACCAGCAUUCGAAGGUUUUAAAACUUUAAAUCGAAUCCAAAGUCGACUCCAUCAGACCGCUCUGGAAAGUGAUGAAAAUCUGUUAUUGUGUGCACCCACGGGUGCGGGUAAAACUAACGUAGCCCUAUUAUGCAUGAUGCGUGAAAUCGGUAAACAUAUAAACGCUGACGGAACUAUAAAUUCAGACGAAUUUAAAAUAAUCUACGUUGCGCCUAUGCGAUCACUUGUACAAGAAAUGGUUGGAAAUUUUGGUAAGCGUUUGGCUGGCUACAAUCUUACAGUUUCUGAAUUGACAGGAGAUCAUCAAUUGACACGUGAGCAGAUUGCUGCCACCCAAAUAAUUGUUUGCACACCAGAAAAGUGGGACAUUAUAACACGAAAAGGUGGUGAAAAGACUUUUACAUCUUUGGUUCGAUUAAUAAUUAUUGACGAAAUUCAUCUUUUGCACGACGAACGAGGUCCUGUUCUCGAAGCCUUGGUUGCUCGAACCAUAAGAAACAUUGAAGCGACACAAGACGAUGUUCGAUUGGUCGGUCUUUCUGCAACUUUACCAAAUUACCAAGAUGUUGCUGCAUUUCUUCGGAUUAAACUGGAGACAGGUCUGUUUUAUUUCGAUAACAGUUUUCGUCCAGUUGCUCUUGAACAACAGUAUAUCGGAGUGACGGAGAAAAAAGCGCUCAAGCGAUUUCAAGUCAUGAAUGAAAUAGUCUAUGAAAAAACGAUGGAACACGCUGGUAGAAAUCAGAUUCUAGUUUUCGUUCAUUCUCGGAAAGAAACUGGGAAAACCGCCAGAGCCAUACGAGACAUGUGCCUUGAAAAAGAUACAUUAGGACAAUUUUUGCGCGAAGGUUCCGCCUCCAUGGAAGUGUUACGCACGGAAGCCGAACAAGUUAAGAAUCAAGAAUUGAAAGAUUUACUUCCAUAUGGAUUUGCCAUCCAUCACGCAGGAAUGACCAGGGUGGAUCGUACGUUGGUCGAAGAUUUGUUUGCUGACAGGCAUAUUCAAGUUCUGGUAUCCACCGCUACGUUGGCAUGGGGUGUCAACUUACCAGCCCACACAGUUAUCAUCAAAGGAACACAAGUGUACAACCCGGAAAAAGGGAGGUGGGUUGAAUUGGGUGCCUUAGAUGUUUUGCAAAUGUUGGGACGUGCUGGUCGUCCUCAAUACGAUACGAAAGGCGAAGGAAUUCUCAUUACGAAUCACAGUGAAUUACGGUAUUAUUUAUCAUUACUAAAUCAACAGUUGCCGAUAGAAUCACAGCUCAUCAGUAAAAUGCCAGACAUGCUGAAUGCUGAAAUAGUUCUUGGAACUAUUCAAAAUAUACGUGAUGCCGUUUCGUGGCUCGGUUACACCUAUCUUUAUAUCAGAAUGCUCAGAUGUCCAAAUUUGUACGGAAUAUCGCAUGAUACACUAAAAAGCGAUCCUCUGUUGGAACUACGUCGGGCGGAUUUAAUUCAUUCUGCCGCGAUGUGUCUCGAUAGGAGUGGCCUGAUCAAAUAUGAUCGCAAAUCUGGCAAUUUUCAAGCGACUGAAUUGGGGAGAAUCGCAUCGCAUUAUUAUUGUAGUCACGAUACAAUGUCGACUUACAACCAAUUGUUGAAAAGAACUCUUAGCGAGAUCGAGCUUUUUCGUGUUUUUUCUCUCUCGGGUGAGUUCAGAAAUAUCAACGUGCGCGAAGAAGAAAAGCUGGAACUGCAGAAAUUGAUGGAACGAGUUCCUAUUCCAAUAAAAGAGAGUAUUGAAGAACCAAGCGCGAAAGUAAACGUUUUACUUCAGGCUUAUAUAUCGCAGUUAAAACUUGACGGUUUCGCACUUAUGUCUGACAUGGUAUUCGUUACACAAUCAGCAUCACGAUUAAUGCGCGCUAUUUUCGAAAUUGUUUUAUUUCGUGGUUGGGCACAGCUUGCCGACAAAUGUUUGUCUCUCUGCAAAAUGAUUGACCGUCGCAUGUGGCAGUCAAUGUCUCCUUUGCGCCAAUUUCGUAAAAUGCCUGAAGAAAUCAUCAAAAAAAUUGAGAAGAAAAAUUUUCCAUGGGAGCGGCUUUACGACCUCGGUCCCAACGAAAUUGGUGAACUGAUCCGUGUACCGAAGCUUGGAAAAACUAUCCACAAGUAUAUUCAUCAGUUUCCGAAGCUCGAGUUAUCGACGCAUAUUCAACCGAUAACAAGAUCGACAUUGCGCGUCGAAUUGACAAUAACCCCCGAUUUCCAGUGGGAUGAGAAAGUUCACGGUGCUUCAGAAGCAUUCUGGAUUCUUGUUGAAGACGUAGACAGUGAAGUUGUACUGCACCAUGAAUAUUUUUUGCUAAAAUCUAAAUAUGCUCAAGAUGAGCAUAUGGUGAAAUUCUUCGUUCCCGUCUUCGAACCACUCCCACCUCAAUAUUUCCUUCGCGUUGUCUCUGACCGUUGGAUCGGCGCAGAAACGCAGUUGCCUGUUUCAUUUCGUCAUUUGAUAUUACCAGAAAAAAAUCUGCCACCUACAGAACUUCUUGAUCUUCAACCGCUUCCGAUAACAGCUCUCCGAAAUGAAAAAUUCGAGACACUCUACACUGAUAGAUUUCCGCAAUUUAAUCCAAUUCAAACCCAAGUUUUCAACGCUGUUUAUAACUCAGACGACAACGUCUUCAUCGGUUCGCCGACAGGUUCGGGCAAAACGACUAUUGCAGAAUUUGCUGUGCUUCGAUUAUUAACACAAAAUCCGGAUGGCCGCUGCGUUUACAUGGUCAGUAAAGAAGCUUUGGCCGAAUUGGUAUACGCAGAUUGGUACACAAAAUUCAAUCACAUAUUAGGAAGAAAAGUUGUCCUAUUAACUGGUGAAACCGGGACAGAUUUGAAAUUAUUAGCGAAAGGACAAGUAAUAAUUACGACCGCUGAUAAAUGGGAUGUUCUCUCUCGACGAUGGAAGCAGCGAAAAAAUGUGCAAAACAUCCAGCUGUUUAUUGUCGACGAGUUACAGCUUAUUGGUGGCGAGGAAGGACCGGUUCUAGAAGUGGCCUGUUCGCGAGCCCGUUACAUAUCAUCCCAACUCGAAAAGCCGACUCGAAUAAUAGCUUUAUCAGCUUCGUUAGCCGAUGCAAAAGACGUUGCGCAGUGGCUUGGUGCACCUGCUGCUGCAACCUUUAACUUUCAUCCUUCCGUACGUCCGAUCCCAAUGGAACUCCACGUUCAGGGAAUAAAUAUAACGCACAAUGCUUCUCGCUUAGCCGCCAUGGCGAAACCAGUUUAUAAUGCAGUUCUGCGACAUGCGUCACAUAAACCAGCCAUUAUCUUCGUUCCUACUCGACGACAAGCAAGACUCACGGCUAUUGAUCUACUAACCUUCACAGCAGCGGAAGGACAGCCGUCACGAUUUUUUCAUGCAGAAGAAUCAGAUAUUACACCAUUCCUCGAUCGGAUGAGCGAUAAAACAUUGAAGGAAACACUCUCACAAGGGGUUGCAUAUUUGCACGAAGGACUGUCCGCCGAUGACCGUCAUCUUGUUGAGCAACUGUUCGAUAGUGGUGCUAUUCAAGUCGCCGUUGCAACGCGUGACCUUUGCUGGGGUCUUUCGAUCAACUGUCAUUUGGUCAUUGUAAUGGAUACUCAAUCCUAUAAUGGUAAGACACAUGCGUAUGAGGACUAUCCAAUAACCGACGUUCUGCAAAUGGUCGCUCGUGCCAAUCGCCCAUUAGAAGAUGACGAUGCCAAAUGCGUUCUUUUAUGUCAGAGUUCAAAGAAAGAUUUUUUCAAAAAGUUUCUCAACGAACCACUACCGGUGGAAAGUCACUUGGACCAUCGACUUCAUGAUCAUUUCAAUGCAGAGAUAGUCACAAAGACCAUUGAGAAUAAACAGGACGCUGUUGAUUACUUAACGUGGACCUUCUUGUAUCGACGUUUGACACAAAAUCCUAAUUACUACGGUUUACAAGGUAUUACACAUAGACACUUGUCUGAUCAUUUAUCAGAACUUGUUGAAAGUACAUUGAGCGACUUGGAACAAGCAAAGUGUGUCGCCAUAGAAGAUGAGAUGGAUACAUUGCCUCUAAAUCUUGGAAUGAUUGCCGCGUACUAUUACAUUAAUUACGCGACUAUAGAAUUAUUUAGCCUUUCGUUGAAUAAUAAAACGAAAGUUCGGGGCCUUCUAGAGAUUAUCUCAGCUGCUGCUGAGUAUGAAACCGUUCCAGUAAGGCAACGGGAAGAAAAUUUAUUGAGAAGUUUAGCUGCUCGACUCCAACAUGCUCCCCAAGCUCCAAGGAUGGCUGAUCCCCACGUGAAAGCUCAGCUGUUACUCCAGGCUCAUUUAUCGAGAAUACAAUUGGGUCCUGAGCUCCAAAAAGACACGGAACUAGUUUUGAGCAGGGCAAUUAGACUGAUUCAAGCCUGUGUCGAUGUUUUAAGUUCAUCUGGUUGGCUUUCGCCUGCUGUUGCUGCAAUGGAGCUUGCUCAAAUGGUAACACAAGCCAUGUGGUCGAAAGAUUCUUACUUGAAACAGUUGCCGCAUUUCACAUCGGAAACGAUUAAGCGGUGUACUGAAAAAGGAGUUGAAACAGUUUUUGAUGUUAUGGAGCUGGAAGAUGGUGACAGGAAUCGUCUCUUGCAAUUAACCGAUGCUCAAAUGGCAGACGUAGCAAAGUUUUGUAAUCGUUACCCUAAUAUCGAAAUGUCUUAUGAAGUACAAGAUAAAGAUAAAUUACACAGUGGUGGUACAGUAAACGUUGUCGUACAAUUAGAAAGAGAAGACGAAGUUACUGGUCCAGUAGUAGCGCCGUUUUUCCCGCAAAAACGAGAAGAAGGAUGGUGGGUGGUUAUUGGUGAUUCGCGGACAAAUUCUUUGCUAUCAAUAAAGAGACUUACCCUUCAACAAAAAGCAAAGGUUAAACUCGAUUUUGUUGCACCAACGCCUGGACAACAUUUUUACACUCUGUAUUUUAUGAGCGAUGCGUAUCUGGGAUGCGAUCAAGAAUACAAGUUCACGAUCAAUGUUGGUGAAUACGAUUCCGAUGCCAGUUCAGUAUCCGAAUCCGACUAGGAAUGAUUUAUUUCAUUUAUUCCGUUAUGGUUGUAAGAUAACGCAAAUUCAGCUCCCACAACUUCUCGUAUAGAAAAAGAACUAACUCACCUGACUGGAUUUGAGUAUUAUAAUAUCCAUUCUGAAAUGUACGAUUUGGUUUCAUGAUACAAUUUGAGGUGAUUUAUAAACGACGGUUAAGUUGACGUUCAAUUUUAACAUUGCAAAUAGUGCUAUAUACUAGCUGAACUUUUUCCAAACUUUGGCAAAAAUGUAAUUGAACAUAUUCGAUGAUCGCAUUACGAAAAUGUUGUGAACAAAAAUGAAGAGAUGAAACAUUUGUUUACAUUAUUUUCCAUUACUAUACAAACGUGGUAACAUUUCUAUUAAUAGCGAAAAAUGUACAUGUCAAGUUAAAUGAGGUCCAGUUAGACUAACCUGGCAAUAAAAAUCUUUCACACAUA